UUCGCGACGUGUAAUUCGUAGAAACGAAGUUUGGUUUGCAUUCGGACAAUACCCUCUUUAGGUCACGGCUUCGGAAACUGCUGAGACUAAAAAGAGAAAACCUUCGAGCUACAUUGGAGUGAGCAUCAUAGCCAUUUCAUUCUACCUACAAAGGUAAUCAAAUUGUGUUCUGCUUAAGAUGGUUGAUCCAAACGGUAGUUCCUCGUGGUUAAAAAAUCUAAAUAUCUGUGAAACAUUUGGGUGGAAAGAUCAUGGAGAGUAUGGAACAGUUGCUGCUAUAGUCAUAGGCAUCAUUGUUCCAAUUUUGUUAUCGGCUUUGUUUAUGGGAAAGAAAAAAGGGAAAGUAAGAGGUGUCCCGGCAGAGGUUGGUGGUGAGUCGGGUUAUGUGGUACGUAAUGCUCGAUAUUCUGAGUUGGUUGAAGUUCCUUGGGAAGGAGCCCCGACGAUGGCUCAUCUAUUUGAGCAAUCUUGUAAUAAGUAUACACACAAUAGAUUUCUUGGAACAAGAAAACUAAUAGGAAAAGAGUUUGUUACAUCCAGUGAUGGAAGGAAGUUUGAGAAACUCCACUUAGGAGAUUAUGAAUGGGAAACCUAUGGAGAGGUCUUUGCUCGUGUAUCCAAUUUUGCGUCUGGUCUUCUUAAGUUAGGCCAUGAUAUAGAUAGCCGUGUUGCCAUUUUCGCAGAUACUCGGGCUGAAUGGCUCAUAGCCCUCCAGGGUUGCUUCCGGCAGAAUAUAACAGUUGUUACAAUUUAUGCUUCUCUAGGUGAGGAUGCCUUAAUCCACUCGCUAAACGAGACUCAAGUAUCUACUCUGAUCUGUGACCCAAAGCUGUUAAAGAAGUUGGACGCAAUAAGAUCAAAACUAACAUCUAUCCAAAAUAUAAUUUACUUUGAAGACGAUAGCAAAGAUGAACACGAUUUUUCAGGAGGUUUGAGCGACUGUACAAUUGCAUCUUUCGGUGAAGUUGAGACACUUGGGAAAGAAAGUCCUGUCGAACCAAGCUUGCCUUCAAAGAAUGCUGUUGCAGUUGUCAUGUACACAAGUGGCAGUACAGGUCUACCAAAGGGUGUCAUGAUUACUCACGGGAACAUUGUAGCCACCACAGCAGCUGUUAUGACAGUGAUUCCAAAUCUGGGUAGCAAGGAUGUGUACUUGGCGUACUUGCCCCUUGCCCAUGUUUUUGAAAUGGCAGCAGAGUCUGUUAUGCUGGCUGCAGGUGUUGCAAUCGGUUAUGGAACUCCUCAGACUUUGACCGACACAUCUAUUAAAGUCAUGAAAGGAACCAAGGGUGAUGUUAGUGUCUUAAAGCCCACUCUUUUGACAGCAGUACCAGCUAUUAUUGAUCGUAUUCGAGAUGGAGUUUUGAAAAAGGUGGAGGAGAAAGGGGGACUUGCAAAGAAGCUUUUCCAGUUUGCAUACAAGCGUCGACUGGCUGCUGUAAAAGGAAGCUGGCUAGGAGCUUGGGGAGUGGAGAAGUUGAUGUGGGAUACCAUUGUCUUCAAAAAAAUUCGUACUCUACUUGGAGGCCAAAUCCGAUUUAUGCUUUGUGGUGGAGCUCCUUUAUCUGGUGAUUCACAACACUUCAUCAAUAUCUGUGUGGGGGCUCCUAUUGGGCAAGGAUACGGUUUGACCGAAACAUUUGCUGGGGCUGCCUUCUCUGAGUGGGAUGACAACAGUGUGGGGCGUGUUGGUCCACCACUUCCUUGUGUCUACAUAAAGCUUGUUUCUUGGGAAGAAGGAGGGUAUCUGUCGUCAGACAAACCAAUGCCACGAGGAGAGAUUGUAGUUGGCGGAUUCAGUGUGACUGCUGGUUAUUUCAAGAAUGAAGAAAAAACUAAUGAAGUGUUCAAGGUUGAUGAGAAAGGUCUGCGCUGGUUUUAUACUGGUGACAUUGGGCGAUUCCAUCCUGAUGGGUGCCUUGAAAUCAUUGAUAGGAAGAAGGAUAUUGUCAAACUUCAACAUGGAGAGUAUAUCUCUCUUGGAAAGGUUGAGGCAGCACUGUCAUCGUGUGAUUACGUGGAUAAUUUAAUGGUUUUUGCCGACCCGUUUCAUAAUUACUGUGUUGCUCUAGUUGUUGCUUCACAUCAGUCCCUGGAGAAGUGGGCCCAACAAAGUGGUAUUGAAUACAAAGAUUUUCCUGAUCUUUGUAACAAACCUGAAGCUGUCACUGAGGUUCUGCAGUCCAUUUCCAAGACUGCAAAAGCUGCCAAGCUGCAAAAAACUGAAAUUCCUGCAAAGAUUAAGUUGCUGUCAGAACCAUGGACACCUGAAUCUGGAUUAGUCACUGCUGCUCUCAAGUUGAAGAGAGAACAACUAAAAGCCAAAUUCAAUGAUGAUCUUUUGAAGUUGUAUGCUUGAAGUAUCUAAUCUCAUGUCAAUGUUCUAUCUAUUGCAGGUGUAUGUUAUGAUUGAUUUUUUUUUCACGGUCAACAUGGUUGAUGUAUUUUCGCUGUUAGCGACAUGUAAAACACACGACAUAGCGAAGACAUACUCAGCAUAAUGGUGGCUGUUGAGACUAUGCUGGAUCGCUUUGUGAAUAAUGUGCUGAUAGUGAUAUAGUCCUGCCACAUGACUGGCAUAGAUAGUAAUAAAUGCGCUGUUAUUUAAUUUGAAAUACAUAUAUGUCAGUGAUGUUUUUGAUGUUUGUAUUGCAAUUUAAUAUAUAUGGAGCGAUGAAUAAAUGUUUAUGAAA